AUGCACAAAUCAAGACGAGCGGCCAUGAUGGAUCUGAAGACAUCCACUAGGCACAUGGCAACUAGUAUCCAAACGUUUGACGUUCGGGAUGAAAUAGACGAAGAUGAUGAAGAAUGGGAAGACCGGAUAAUCGAGAAAUGGUUUAGUCGAGAAGCCCUGCCAGAUGACUUGUCCACAGCAUGCAGAGAAUUAAUACCCAUUGUCUACAAAGGCCAAGAUGUGAAUCCAGAAGUGAUGAUAAGGCGCAUGCCCCUCCCCGAAUUAUACAAGUAUUUGAAACAACAUUUGGAUUACAAGCAAAUGAAGACCAAUUCGAAUCUGAAUAAGUUUGAUAAAAUGUUUGGAGCAUCAGACGAUGACGGCUUCGAAGAGGAAGAUCCCGACGAGGAGACCGUUGAAAUUGAUGAUGACUUCUUUUGUAAGGGUUUAAAAGCAAACAAAUUCAAAACAAGCUCCAACAAGAAAUCGACGGCAUCAAACAACUCAAAUCUCAGCAAUGAAGCAAAAUUUGAAAGGCUCCUUCGUCAAGUUCAUCAAGAGAAAGACGACGAGGAGGAGGACGAUAGCGAGGCGGAAGAAGAAGAAUACUACAAGGAAGAGGAAAUUAUAUCAGGUGAUUCCGCCGUAGAGAUUGGGAAAAAGGACAAUUUGGCGCUUUUCGAAAGGAUGACAGGUGAUUUUGAAGAGGAAGUACUUUGA